AUGGAGCACUCUCGUCUUCUUGCACAAGAGGAUAUGGGUGCCAUGCCUUUUGUUCAAGACGACAUGAAAUUUUGGUUGAACGAAGAGCAAGUCCCUGCCUCUCCUAAGCCAUGGUCGUCCGUGGACUUGCCAGAUUUGUUUCUCACUAACUUGAUGCAAGAUAUUGAUCCAUCAUUCCAAGAUGACUCGCUAGGGGACUUAUCCGCGAAUCAGUCUACCAGCGAGUCGGAGGGAAGCCCGAGCGCUUUUCACGAUUUCAUGCUGCGCCACGACUCUCCUACCAGCAGCGAUGCCAUGACACCGCCGUCGCUGGUCCCUACGCCACCACCUGCUACGCAGCUGGGAAUGACAGCUAUGCCGAUGAACAUCCCCACUCCUGUAUUUGGUAUGCCGCUAGCUGCCGCAUGCGUGGAGCCUGCGCUAUCCAUGUCGCCAUCGCACCUUAUGGUAUCAGCGGAGAUAUCCCCUACACCGUCAAGUGCCAAUGCACCCAACACAUCCACGGCCACUACAAGUACAGUGAAAGCACCAGCACCAACAGAUGAGGCACUUCUAGCACCGAUGUUCAUGAAGCCAGGUAGUAAUGCCAAUGUGCAGUCGAUCCUGACCCAAUGGAAGUCGAUGCCGCUUCCCUCACAUUCUAGUGCACCUGCCAAGACCUCGUCUGUCAAGUCUCCUGCAGAGCCAACAUAUACACGCCGCACUGCACCAUCACAGCAAAUGGGAGGCGAGGACGAGGCGCAGUCUAUGUGGUCUCGCAAAUCCGCGCACAAUGCCAUUGAACGGCGGUAUCGCAGCAAUAUCAACGAUCGCAUUGCUGGUUUACGUGAUGUUGUACCUGCUUUGCGUGAGAUGCGGCCACGUACAGGGCGUCGAAAGCGCCGUCGCGGUAAAGCUGAAGCUGAAGAGUUGGUCGAUGGUGUGGCGGCUGCUACGAAGAUGAGCAAGGCCACUGUGCUUUCCAAAGCCACCGAGUAUAUUUGUUAUCUCAAGUCACGAGAAGUACGGCUCAGUCGUGAUUUAGCUGUACUAGAAAUGUUGGUUCGCAGCCUGGAAGGUGGUGAAGAGAUGUUGGCUAUGUGGAAGACAGAGAUGGAUGAGUUACAUCAGCAACAUCCUCCGAUGGAUGCUGUGUAUGGCGAAGGUGGUCCCUCUGGGUCUUCUGAGGGCCAUGCUGACCUCGGUGAUGAAUGGGAUGACAAUGAGGCCGACGAUGCAGAUGACGAUGCGGCUUCUACGUCGUCCGGCUCUGCUGAUUCCGAACGUGCCGCCAAAGUCUCGCGAUACAUGUUUGGUGCUUUUGUUGGCUUCUCAUUCUUAGGCGGCAGUGCGGAUUGGAGUCCUGACGCAGAUGCGCGUUCAUUUGCUCCGCCAUCGCAGGCUCGUGUGGUAGGUGCAAGUCAUCAGCUAUGGAAGCGGUCUUGGGGUGCCUCCACCGAACCACAUGCAUAUGAUCAUGUGCCAGUGUGGAACUUGGCGCUGGAGAUGGCGCGGAGUCUAACGCUAGUUCUUGGCCUCGUGGCAUUGCUUCUUACUUUAUGGUACCGUUGGCAAUGGCGCCGAAAGCAGCAGCGACAACAGCAAGUGACAGAGCUGCAAAAGGUCGUCUCGGCGAAAGCGCUGCUUUCCACACCGCUGGAUUUGGCAUAUGAAACGCCUCUGGUCUCACAGAAAGCGGCGGUGCGUAUGUAUGAGGAUUUGCGUAUGCAUUUGCAUGUGCCUCGUUCGCGUAGUCGCUUAUGGCUUCGUCUUGUGAUGCAAAGUGUGGGAUGGCUAGCACUGCAAUGCCCAGGUGUAGCGCACCUACUUUGUCAGGCAUACGACCCUACGGUGCUACGCCUACUCCGUCGGGCAUGGGUCGUUCGUGCAGAAAUGGAGUUGUCGCUAGGCGCCCUUGUUCAGCCAGACCUGGCCCAUCGUUUGUCCACAUGGCUAGCUCUGAAGUAUUAUACUGCAUUGCAGCGUGGUACACUGGAUGAGUCGAUGGUGCAGAUUAUUACUGCUUAUCAACUGGCGCAGAGCAGCGGUAUGACAUGGCUGGCAUUGUAUGCGGACAAGCUUUGGUGUGCAGCGGGUGCAUCGUUGGUUGAUACGCCUAUGACGAACGAUAAGCUCCCAGGUCGUGCGCUAGCUGAGUUGCUGAGUAUUCCUCUCCCUUUGGCUGCGCACUAUGCGCGUAAUAUGCCGAGUCGCGAUGACGCAUUGGUCUCAUUGUCAUGCAUCGGUAAUUUGCUGGACGCGCUGCGGAACAAAACACUCCUCACUUUCUGGACCAGCAUGCUCGCUAGCAUGAUGCGAGCCAGUGGUGAUGCGCUUGCAAUCACGUCACCAUUGGAGCCACGUACGCUGGACGUUGUAUUAGACAUUGCAUCGUACUCGUCCUUAAAGCAGCAGCUAGCUACCUUGGCGCAGGAACGCCCACUCCGCAGUGGCCCCGCUGCUGAGCAGUUGCUGGUCGCUCAUGGUCUAUUGGCGCUGGUCGCUGGUAGAGUGACAGUGGCGCAGCAUUAUGCGAACGUGCUGUCCAAGCAAACGAUCACAUCGCUGGCUGCAGCGCAGUUUGUCGGCUUGCUCACUGACGCACCGCUCUCUACGACAUCGCCGAUCGGUCCUGUGGAUACCCUUGCAAGUCUCACUUUGGGUUGGAUCUGUCUUCAGCGUGUGCAGACCAUGGAAGAUACAUCCAUGCGUACCACCAGACUGUCCAAGGGCCUUCGUCAUAUGCAAUCGCUGGCAUCCCAGUGUCUCUGGACCUUUGUCUCCCCCGACAAGACCAAGCCUGUGGGCAAGCAGCUUGGCUCGGCAUCUACGCCUGUGCCACUACGUCCUACGCCUUCCUUGGCCAAUGCCCUUGAUACCCUGAUGGACCAUUUGAGUGUGCUUUCGGCCCCUGUAUAA